AUGCCUGGCAUCAGUGGCUUGACGGAGCCAAGGCUUGAUCGCGCUUUCCGAGGGCACCGUGCGCCAGUGACAUCUGUGGUUUUCCACCCGGAGGAGCAACAGGUCAUCUCCGGAGCUCAUGACGGUUGCCUCUUUGUCUGGCACUUCAAGCCACAGCUCCGGCCUUUCCGAUUUGUUGGUCACAAAGGUGAAGUGCACGACCUGGCCGUCAGCCGCUCCGGGCAGUGCAUCGCAUCAGCCUCUGCAGAUCAGACAGUGCGGCUAUGGACCAACUCCGCGCAGGGAGACUCCAAGGUGAUGAAGGUGCAUACUGCUCCAGUGCGAAGCGUUUGCUUUUCGAGAGACGACUCCAUCUUGCUCACUGCGUCUGAUGACAAGACCAUCAAGCUGUGGUCAGUGGCGUCCCAGCGAUUUCAUGCCUCUUUGCUGGGGCAUACGAACUGGGUGUACUCCGCAGACUUCUCCAAGAACUCAGAGCUGGUUGCCUCCGGUGGUGAGGAUCGCGUCGUUCGUGUUUGGGAUGUCGACAAAAAGGCUACGCUCAUGACCUUCCCAGAUUUCGAGGUUCCGGUAGCCAAGGUCAAGUUCCAUCCUGAUGGGUCUUGCGUAGCAGCCUGCGGCCACGAUGGCUGCAUCAAGCUUUGGGACUUGCGAUCGCCGGACGCUCAUCUACUAUGUGAGCUGUCCGGGAUGUUGCCUGAGAUUUGGAGCUUUCCAGAAAUAAGCGCCCCAAACAGAUGUCGUAUGGUGUUGUGUCCCUUGUUGACAACGCCCCCCCAUGGUAUGGUCUGCUGA